ACUGUUGCCACCGUCUACAUUGCGCACGGCAAAAAAGGAAAAUUUGCCCACAGCAAUUCGUGUCCCCGCAAGAAGGAUCACCUAUAUGUCUAAUGGAAGUGCUUUGAAACCACCUACAAAUAUAAACGCGAUCAAAACUGCCAACUCGCAUAUUCCUGCAACAUCAACUAAAUCGACAAG